UCUCUCCCUCUCUCUGUUGGGCUCUAUAUGUGCCUUGAUUGGAAGGGACAGUUGGGCUAUCUGUAAUCCACAACAAUCCCUCCCCAUCCCAGGUCGAACGUAUUCGCUUACAGACAGCACCAAGAAGAGACGUAACAGCACGAGUAAGUUCAGCUCAGAUGCUUCGCCAUAUAAUUAGGGAGUGAGACAUGGGUUACUGGACAUCGAAGGUGCUUCCGAAGAUCAAGAAAGUGUUUGACAAGAACGGAAAGAAGACUGCGGCUGUGGAGGCUUGCAAGUCCUUUGAUGAUUCUAAGGGGGAGAUGGACAAGGAGUUCGAGGAGAAGAAGACAGAGCUUCAGCCUAAAGUAGUGGAGAUAUAUGAGGCUUCCUCCGUAGAAGUUAAGGCUCUUGUUAAGGAGCCCAAGGAAGUAGGACUCAAGAAGCACUCAGCCGCUGUCAACAAGUUCCUAGAAGAGCUCGUGAAAAUCGAGUUUCCUGGAUCGAAGCCAGUGUCCGAAGCGUCGACAAAGUAUGGACCAGCCUUGGUAUCGGGGCCCGUGUUAUUUGUAUUUGAGAAGGUGUCCACCUUCAUAAUCACUGAGGAGAAGGAUGUUGAGGCUCCUCCUGCCGAAGCAGCAACUUCUGGAGAGGCAACUGCGGUAGUGGAAGAGAAGGAGGAGAUCGUCAUCGAAGAAGAGAAGAAGGAAGAAGCGGCCGUGGAGGCCCCGGAGCCUGCCAAGGAGGCUGCGGAGCCACCCAAACCAUAAGAAAGGAAAAAGAAAGGAGCAGUAUCAUCAACCAUAUAUAGUGAAACUCUGUGCACAAGGUUUACACGAUACCGUGACAAAAGCUGAUUUGUUUAUUCUUUUGUAGCAAGUCCACCUCUUCUCCUUGUAUCUCCGUCUUUAUUUGUUUAUAUUUCGUGAAUCAAACAUGUAGUCCUUGUUUUGUUUUCAUUUUUCCUGAAUCAAUCAAUUAGUUCGGUUGUCACU